AGAGUGUGUUGAAUCAGCAAAGAUGGAAGUGGAUGGAAAAAUCUAUUACCACUGCAGAGAUUGUGGAAAAAAUCUUUUUUCUCCUUAUACAUUCUCUUGGCAUAUGAGAAUUCACACUGGAGAGCGUCCUUUCACCUGUCACUUAUGUGGAAAGCAAUUUCGAGUGAAUCAGGGACUGGCUAGACACUUGAAGGAGACUCACGCCAGGAUAAAGAAUUUUCCGUGUGACAUCUGCAAUCAAAUGUUCACAACCAAGAGAAAUGCUGAGGAUCACCGUAGAAUUCACACUGGAGAACGACCGUAUAUUUGUAAUGCCUGUGGAAAGACAUUUAAGCAGAAGGCUUCAUUAUUUGUUCAUAAUAGAACACAUAGCGAUGUGUUUCCGUUCAAGUGCAAUAAUUGCGAUCAUGUAUUCAGAACUAGACCAGCGAUGAUGGUACAUGUCACUAAACACACGGGCGAAAAACCCCAUUCGUGUGAUGUUUGCGGAAGGGCUUUCAGGAUUAAAUAUGAACUCAAGAGACAUCGCCUGAUUCAUUUCGAUGAAAAACCAUGGGAGUGUGCCGAUUGCGGACUUGGAUUCAGACAGAAACGUUAUUUAAUUAAUCAUAGAAAGAGUCAUCAAGACUUUACUGAAGGGAAUCAAGAAUAAAUAAGUACACUAUUAAACUACACCGCGGGUGCAAUUAAAAAUAGAUAUCAGUGAAAUUUAGUUUAUAAACUGUAUCUGACAACAAAUUAUUUCAUCGGUAAACAGUAUAUAUAAGUCCUUCAAAGAAUUUUUCAAUAAUCGCAACUUGGAAAAUGGACUUGGACGUGUUAUUAAUCAGAAUAAUCUGAUUUCAGGUCAUCGAGGAAUGAACCUGAAGUUAGAUAUCGAUCCAGGAAUCCCCGUAAAAAGAAAAAUUCAAAGAUCGAAUUAAUCGAAGUUGAAAAAACGAAAAACAACAAAAAGUUUUUUAAAUGCAAAAUUUGUGGAAAAUUAUUAUCUACAUCGUACAAUUACCUAAUACAUAUGAAUAUUCACACUGGAGAAAGGCCAUACAGAUGUAAUAUUUGCGAAAAAUCCUUCUCAGCUGCAUCUGCACUAAACCGCCACAAACGACUUAUUCAUUCAAAUGAAAAGAACUUCACCUGUGAAAUAUGUGAUAAAAAAUUCUCCUGUAAGAUUUACCUGGAGGAGCACAAAAAAACUCAUCAGGAAAAUCGUCUCUACGACUGUCAAGAGUGUGAUAAAUCAUUCAAACAGAAGUCUUCACUCCACUCCCAUAGGCGAUGUCACAAUAAGAAUAAUCGCUACGAGUGCAAAACAUGUUUUAAAACAUUUCUAAGAUCUUUCGAUCUGAAGAACCACAAUUUAACGCAUACAAGAGAAAAACCUCAUGCUUGCAAUAUUUGUGGCAAAAAAUUUCGCACCAGAGGCUGUGUUAGCCGUCAUUGCCGCACCCAUAACAAUGAAAAAAUAUUUAAUUGUGAUUAUUGUGACGUUAAAUUUGCACAGGAAAGAUAUUUGAAGAGCCACUUAAAAAUAAUUCAUAAAUAUCCAAAAUAGUGUAAACGUGGAGACGCAAUUUUGGUAGCGCAACUGGAAAAGAGUAGAAUCAAAAAUCAACAGUGAAAUCAAAAAAAUAAACUCUACAAAAUUCGAAGGAAGUUCUUUAUUUGACAAUUUAGCGAUCAUCAGUGGUGACAGACGUCAAUCUACCGAGAGUCAGGAAAAUUUCCAGACUACCCUGCAUUCCAUCAAUUCAGGGAGCAUCAGAGUUUAAUCAAUGCAGUAUUACAGAAACAGAACUCUUCAAAGUCACAUCAAAAAAUGUCCCUUCGCCUCCUAAUAAGAGCCCUGUGGAGGAUUCAAUGAAAAAUUCUCCAAGCAUGCGAGAAAGCCGAACGAUUCUGGAGGAUCCUAAGUCAAAGGAGAAAGAGAAACGUGCAAAAUUGAAAUGCCAGCCGAAAGAAGGGAGUUG